AUGGAUGAAAAUUGUGGGAGGUUAAAGUUUAUUGAGUUGGAAAACUACAAAUCGUAUAAAGGGAAGCAAGUUAUUGGCCCUUUCAGUGUGUUUACAGCGAUUAUUGGGCCAAAUGGUUCAGGCAAAUCGAAUCUUAUGGAUGCUAUAAGCUUUGUUCUUGGUGAAAAUACUCGACAUUUACGAGUUCGCAGAUUAAAUGAUCUAAUCCAUGGUUCAGUUGUUGGAAGGCCUGUUUCAAAAUCAGCUUCAGUUACAGCAGUCUAUGAAAUGCCUGACGGGGAAGAAAAACGUUUUAGUCGUGUUAUUCACGGGAAUACCUCUGAGUAUAGAAUCAAUGGUGUUUCUGUUCGGGUGGAUGAAUACGCUGCUGCACUUGAACAAAUACAUAUAUUUAUGAAAGUGAAAAAUUUUCUUGUAUUUCAAGGCGCUGUUGAAAGUAUCGCUAUGAAAAAUGCUCGUGAACGUUGUCAAAUGUUUGAAGAGAUUAGCAAAUCUGCUGAACUCAAAGAAGAAUAUGAUAUGUCAAAAAUGGAAAUGCAAAAACUGGAAGAGAAUGCAAAUUUUAAUUUAAAUAAGAAAAAAGGUAUUGUUGCUGAAAGAAAAGAAGCAAAAAUUGAAAUUGAUGAAGCGGAAAGAUAUAAAAAGCUUCAAAGUGAAUUGACCAAAAAACGACUUGAACUACAUCUGUUCCGAUUGUAUUACAAUGAUUUAGAAAUAAGACAUGUUCGUGAGGAAUUGAAGCAAAGAGAAGAGGCUGUUGCCGCUGAACAUGAACAACGCCAGCUGAUUGAAGAAGAAAUGAAAGAGAAACGACGUGAAUUAGGCAAAAUCAAUCGAGAUCAGUCAUCGCUGGAACAAGAAAUUAAAAAAUGCGAACAGAGAAUUGGUAAAAGAAAACCUGAAUUUAUUAAAGUCUCCCAGUUGUUACGUCAUGUUACUGAAAAGCAUAAAGAAUCCAAGAAAUCACUUGAAAAUGCUAGACAACUGCAUAGUACACAUCUACAAGAAAUUGAUCAAUUGGAAGCUGAGUAUGAAAAAAUUUCUAAUUUACAAAAAGAUUAUGAACAACAACAGACUAAAAAAUCAUUGGAACAAGGUCGUGAUUUAGAGCUGGAAGAGACUCAGUUAACAGAAUAUCAUCGAUUAAAACAAAAAGUUGCUGAACGUACAUCACACUUAUCCGCUGUACUCGAUAAUUUAAAUCGUGAAUAUAAUGAACAAAAAGAUUUAUAUGAUGCUCUGUCAAGACGAAAAAAUGAAAUUGAAAGUUCCUUGAAACGUAAAGAAACUGAAUUAAAUGAAAAUAAAAAACGUUUACAUAAAUUAGUUGAAUAUAUUGAAUCAAGUAAUCGUGCUAUCACAGAACAACGUGAAACUGAGAAGGCUAUUCGUGAAGAAGUUGAACAAGCUACAAAACGUAUCGAUGAAAUUAAUGCUGAAUUGGAGACAGUUGUCUGUCAGCUGGGUGAAGCAAAAGUUGAACGACAUGAAUCUUCUCGUGCAGCUAAAAAACAAGAGCUUAUUGAAAAUUUGAAACGUCUUUUCCCCGGAGUUCAUGGUCGAUUAUUGGAAAUGUGUCAACCGUCGCAUCGUCGUUAUCAAGUUGCAAUUACUAAAGUACUCGGCAAGUAUAUGGAUGCUAUAGUUUGUGAUAGUGAGAAGACAGCUAAAGAAUGUAUUCAAUACAUGAAAGAUCAACGUAUUGAACCGGAGACAUUUUUACCACUUGACUUUUUAGACGUGAAACCAAUUGAUGAGAAAUUACGUGAAAUUAGUGACCCACCAAAUGUUCACUUAGUUAUUGAUGUCAUUCAAUGUGAUCCAAUUAUUGUUAAAAAGGCGUUAACAUUUGCCUGUGGUAAUGCUCUGGUCUGUGAAACUGUUGACCAUGCACGUCAUGUGGCUUAUCAAAUGGGGGAUAGAAAAAAGACUGUAUCACUGGAAGGUACACUGUUUCAACGAUCUGGGGUAAUAUCUGGUGGUGCUAGUGAUUUAAAAGCUCGUGCACGUCGUUGGGAUGAAAAACAGAUCAGCACAUUAAUGUCAAAACGUGAUGCUUUACAAAAUGAAUUAAAAGAACAGCUGAAACGUAAAAGAAAAGAAGCUGAAUUGAGAACUAUUCAAUCACAAAUCAAAGGUCUUGACACUCGAUUGAAGUAUACACUAAAAGAUAAGGAUAGUACAGAAGAAAAACUUCUUAGCACAAAUGAAGAAGAGAUGAAUCAAAUUGCUCGUGAAUUAGAAGAAGUUGACGAAAAUUUAGGUCGUUGUCAGACCAAAAUGCAAGAAUUACAAAUAUCAGUGAAUGCAGAAAAGGCAAAAAUGGAUACUGUGGAGGAUACUGUAUUUCAUGAUUUCUGUGUACAAAUUGGUGUUGAAAAUAUCAGGCAAUAUGAAGAUCGCGAAUUAAGAGUUGCACGUGAACGUGAUCGUAAACGACUUGAAUUUACAAAUCAACUUCAAAGAAUUAAUAAUCAAUUAGAAUAUGAACGAUCACGUGAUACAGAAGCUAGUGUUAAACGUUGGGAGGAUGCAGUGGCCAUGGAAAGAGCUGAAAUGGAAAAGUGUAAAAAACAAGAGAAAAAAAUCAAAGAAGAAAUGGAACAAGAAGAGAGUAAGAAAGCAGAAAUUGAAUCUCGUGGUGGUGAAUUAAAAUAUCGUGCUGAAUUAUUAGACGGUGAAUUAGGUGAAAUUCGUCGUCGACUAGUCACUAAACAACGUGAUAUACAAAAAUUACAAAAGGAUUUGAAUCAAUCUGAAGCGAAGCUAGAAACUCGACGAGCUGAACGACAUUCGCUCUUACAAGCUGCUAAAAUGGAAGACUUGGAAUUACCCCUGAAACCUGGUUCUAGUCCAGUACAUGAAUUGAAUAACCAGUUAGCAGAUAGUGAAAAUGCUGAUCCAAGUAGUGAAGAAAUGGCGCAUAUCUAUGAAUUGGAGUCGCGUUUACCACUUGACUACAAACAACUUGAUAAACCUUUACGACAAUUAACAGAUGAAAAAGAAGUUAGCAAAAGAGCUGAUGAAAUGCAAAAUCAAGUCGAUUCAAUGUUAAAUAGCUUGGCACGUAUACAAGCGCCUAAUUUACGCGCCGGGGAUAAACUUGGCAAUGUGGAGGAACGUUUAAGGUGUACAGAAGCUGAAUUUGAAGAUACACGACGUAGAGCUAAACGUGCCAAGGCAAGAUUUGAACGUGUUCGACGGCUACGAUACAAUGCAUUUAUGAAUUGUUUUAAUUCAAUUGCUGAUAAUAUUGAUCCAAUUUAUAAAAGUUUAUCAAGAAAUCCUGGUGCUCAAGCAAGUUUGUUGCCAACAAAUGCUGAAGAACCGUAUUUAGAAGAAAUCCAAUUCCAGUGUGUUGCACCAGGGAAACGUUUUCAACAGAUGGAUAGUCUAUCCGGUGGUGAAAAGACAAUCGCUGCAUUGGCUUUAUUAUUCGCUAUGCAUCGAUAUAAUCCGUCGCCAUUUUUUGUUCUCGAUGAAAUUGACGCUGCAUUGGAUAAUACAAAUAUUGGGAAAGUUGCCAGUUUUAUACGUGAAUAUGCUUCAGCGAGAGCACAAAUAAUUGUUAUAUCAUUAAAAGAAGAAUUUUAUAGUCGUGCGGAUAGUUUAAUUGGUAUUUAUCCCGAUAUUGAGAACAAUUGCCUUGCCCACUUUUUAUCCCAUGUUGAAUCUUGCCUAAUUUCAUGUCGUGAACAGUUGAAAGUGAAAGCGAAUCCAGAAACAACAGCUGAACGUUUUAUCCUUGGAUCACCUAAUUCGUUAGCUCAUAUCAGUGCUGUUCUUGCUCUCUAUGGAGAUUUAGUUUAUGAAGCUGAUAUAAGAGUUCAUCGUACAAAUACUUCAACGCCAUAUCAUUCUAUCAUAAAAGAUAAUCAUGGAUCACCGUAUAAAUUACAACAAAUUCAGGAUUGUUUAAAUCAUACUACGAAAUGUCUUGAAAUUAUACAAUCAGCAAAAAACACUUCAAGCUUGAAUGAUAUUUUACAAAGUCGUACAUUUCUGUAUGAAUUAUUUUAUUAUAUUCGUGAUGCUAAAGACUGUUUAACUCAACCACCGCGGAAAACUAUUGAAGAGCAUUUGGCUAAUCCAAGUCGAAAAUGCUUUCAUCCGCCUAUUCCAAAAGAUAUUGUCUUAAGUAUGUUUAUACGUGGUUCAUCGUUGGUGUUUGCCGCCUACAACUUGGUCUACAACAGUAUGGAGAAACGUUGGGAGGUGUUAAACCGUUCAAGUAUUGAAUGUGUCAUCCCUCGAUUACAAGAAAUUUUAUCUCAGUUAAAUGCAGCAAUGAAUACACUAAUGUAUUUAAUGAAUAAACAAUUUAUUCUGUAGUUUUUCUUUGUUUUCUGUUUUUCUUUCGUUGUUGCUGUUGUUGUUGUUGCUCAGACUACAUUUUUAUUUAUGGAUGAGUGUUGUUGCUGACUAACUUUCAAUUUACACCCUUUUCGACAUUUUCACUUGUCCACGGACGUUUCAGAAUCAACCUAGCCACUAUAAUCAUUCCACCCUAUAAAGAGAAUUAGUUGUGAACAGUGAUGGUGGAUUUUGAUGACUUCUUUUUUUGUCUUUUUCUUUGAUUACCAUACUGUGAUAUCUUAUUAUUCUCGCUGUUGUUGUUCCUCUUGGUGUUCCCCUUCCCUCCUUCCUUCCUGUCGCCUGCCUCUUCUCAAAAAAGCAUAAUAAUAAUAAUAUCAGUAGUUUUAAGAGUAGGUAAUUAGGAUUUUUAUUGAUCACUGAUUUGGCCUAUUUACUUGUAUUUGUAUUUUAACGUAUCAAUAUUUCUUAUUUUAUUUCUUUGCAUGUAUUUCAAAAAGUUUUAGUUGAUAAUUUUAGCUGAAGAACUUUAUAUUUUACUCUAUUAUUAUUAUUACUAUUAUUAAUUAUUUAUAAUAUACAUAUAUGUGCGCAUUCAAUGUACAAUUGUUUCAGUUGGCGGUUUGUCUCUAUUCGUAUUUAUAUUCCCCCCCACACACACAUACACACGCGCACAUUUUGAUUUAAAUGCAUA